AUGGGUUCUCCAAAUGCCGAAAAGCCGGACGGCAUGACCGCCGCUGUCAAGAUCCCCCGGCUGAGCACCGAUCCGCUCACCGGCCCCAUCCCGGCCGCCGCCGCCGCCGCCCCUCUUCGGCCCCCCGCCGCAGCAGACGACGAGGUGAUGGAGAUGCCAACGUGGAAGAAAUGGGUUACACUUGCAGUCGUUUGCUGGAUGGCCUUGCCCGUCGCCUUCUCCGGUAGCUCCAUCUUGACGGCGACGGCCGAUGUUGCUGCCGACUUCGGCGUCUCUACGCAUGCCAUUACCACGGCGAAUGCUGGUGUGUUCAUCGCCAUGGCCAUGUCAGCCUUGAUAUGGCUGCCGACUAGUAAUAUCCUCGGACGUAGAACAACAUUCCUCGUCGCCAACUGCCUGUUGACCCUUUGUUCGAUCGGCUCGGCACUCUCUAAUAACUUUGCCUGCUUUACGGCGAUUUGGGUCAUUGGAGGAACGACGGGCCCCUUCUUUCUAGUUGCUGGGCAGACUAUCUUGGCGGAUUUGUUUGAGCCUACAACUCGCGGAACUGCAGUGGGUUGUUUCUUAGGAAGCUGCGUGGCGGCAAACGCAAUUGCGCCAUUAACGGGAGCUGUUAUUGUGACCUUUACCAGUUGGCGGGUCGUCUAUGGUGUCCAAGCUGGCAUGACCUUCCUCGGCCUCAUCGUGGGCUUCUUCUUCGUCCCAAAAGCUAGUCAAUUGGCGCAUCUCAAGAUUGCCGUGGCAGAAAGAGCGCCUAUCCGAUCUUUAAGUGACUUGGCCCACGCAUUCAAUCCAAUGGGUGUUCUCCGCCAGUUCAAGUAUCCCAAUAUUGUCGCAGCCAACUUUGCUUGCGGACUUUUAGGUUUCAACCAAUACGGCCUUCUGAGUUCCAUACGGCGGGUCAUCAAUCCUCGUUUUGGUCUCACUACACCUCUCAUCAGUGGCAUCUUUUACCUUGCUCCCGGAGCAGGCUUUCUGAUGGGGAGCACUAUCGGGGGCAGAGUCUCGGACCACACCGUUAAGCGAUACAUCCGAAAGCGUAAUGGUCUUCGCCUACCUCAGGACAGGCUCAAGAGCAGCUUACCGGCAAUCUUCAUCGUUUUGCCUGCCGGCACUUUGAUAUAUGGAUGGAGCGUUCAAAAGCAAGUUGGAGGAAUCGCUUUGCCAAUCAUCAGUUGCUUCUUUGAGGGACUCGGCCUCAUGUGGUCUUUUAGUGGUUUGAACACAUAUUCUGCCGAGGCAAUGCCCGAACGCAGAACAGCUGUCAUCAGCAGUAAAUACAUCGUUCAGUACAGUUUCGGAGCUGGCAGUGUUGGCGGUCUCGUGCCAAUGAUUGACGCCAUUGGAGUCGGUUGGUCUUUCACAAUCACCGCGUUUUCCGCUCUCCUGGCCGGCAUUUUGGUCUUGUGUGUUUCAAAAUUUGCAUCGAGGGCGCAGGAUUGGGCAGAAAAAAGUAACAGUGAUGACUCGGAUUAA